AUGACUUUAUCCAGUGACAAGAACAGCCAUGGAAUGUCCAAGUCGGAUUCAGGAAGAAUUCAAUCUUCUCAGGCAAAGGGUGGCGGCAACAUGUCGUCUGGCGGAUUCGCCUCGCGCGCCCAGGCUGCUGGUGAUCGCAACCAGGCCACGCAAUCAUCCAGUGGUGCUGGCCAUUCUGGAAGCCAGCAAGCUACUGGAAGCAAGAGUGGCGCGGGAUCGAGCAACAUGAAUACUGGUUCGGGGGCAAAGAAGUAG